AGCGGAAGUCACCCCGGGAGGCAGCGGCGACGGCGGCGGCGAGAGGAUGAACAACAAGUUCGACGCCUUGAAAGAUGAUGACAGCGGGGACCAUGACCAGAAUGAAGAAAACAGCACACAGAAAGAUGGUGAGAAGGAAAAAACGGAACGAGACAAGAGUCAGGGCAGCAGCAAAAGAAAGGCUGUUGUUCCCGGGCCUGCAGAGCACCCCUUGCAGUACAACUACACUUUCUGGUACUCCAGGAGAACCCCCGGUCGGCCCACCAGCUCACAGAGCUACGAACAGAACAUCAAGCAGAUCGGCACCUUCGCCUCUGUGGAGCAGUUCUGGAGGUUCUACAGCCACAUGGUGCGCCCCGGGGACCUGACGGGCCACAGCGACUUCCACCUCUUCAAAGAAGGGAUUAAGCCCAUGUGGGAGGAUGAUGCAAAUAAAAACGGUGGCAAGUGGAUCAUUCGACUUCGGAAGGGCUUGGCAUCCCGUUGCUGGGAGAAUCUCAUCCUGGCCAUGUUGGGGGAGCAGUUCAUGGUUGGGGAGGAGAUCUGUGGGGCUGUGGUCUCUGUCCGCUUCCAGGAGGACAUUAUUUCAAUAUGGAAUAAGACUGCCAGCGACCAAGCAACCACAGCCCGGAUCCGAGACACUCUUCGGCGAGUGCUUAACCUACCUCCCAACACCAUUAUGGAAUACAAAACCCACACCGACAGCAUCAAGGACAAUUCAAGCUUUCGAAAUACAAAAAUCACAUUGUGAAAGUACACAGCUGGCAAUAAUCCUUCCCUGUGUGUGUGUGUGUCCAAACGGAUGGGCGGUCUCCAGCUGGCCCUCCCUCUGCUCACUGAAGGGACGUCCCCGAGCCGCGGGCUCCCCUUUUGCACACUCCUGGAGGACAGAGUCCGCUAGACACCCUCCAGCAUCGCUGACUUUAUAAAGCGGAGAAAAUGGAAAACGUGACUUUGUAAUAGACAAACUUUUUUUAUGGGGUUCUGUGGGGGGAGUUAGCCUUUCGCUUGCUGUGUGCUGUCAGGCACCCUGGGCCUCCUGCUGGCUCUUCUCUGCUGCACGAAGGGCGUCGGUGGCGUGACCGCGUGUGCGAGCCAGAGCGGCGGACUGAGAGUUGUCAGUAUUAGGAAUGUCUGUGCGCAUAGGGAAGAGCCUUUGUCGGAGGGUCCCGGAACAGCUGUAAAUGCUCUCGCCUGGCGCUGCCAUUAAAUUAUUGGGACAUUCGUUUCUUGCUGUCCCCUCUUCCCCCAAGCCCACCACUUUCUGAAAAUGUGUUACUGACUUUGUAUAGACUCCUGCCUUAUGCCCUUGGUCUUCCUGUGCGGGACUCUCCUCUUAGGCACUGCUGCACUUACAGAAAGUUCACCCGGCGGCCCCGGGCCCCACUGAGGCGCGGACGGUGGGCCUUGGCAAAGUGGCCUGGAGCUGAGUCCAGUUUGAGUUGAAGCUGGAUUAUAAUACAGGUUCCAAGUGCAGGGGUGGGG